AUGUCCGUCCGUCCGCGCGCAGUAGUAAUUUGGUCCAAUCAGGGUUUGGGUUUUGUUGAAGUUGGUGGUUGUGUGUGUUUGACGGACAGGUUGGUGUGUGUGUUGCUGUGUAUCGGGUUUCGUUGACAGUGCGUGUCGUUGGUGGUAUUGUUGUGGUGCGAGUGGUCGCUUUGGUGCGACACCUGGUAGUUGGUGUGUGUGGUGUUUCGUAGUUGUAUGUUCAGCACCGGUGUGUUUGUGGUUUUGUGUGGCUGUUCUUUCUAGAGUGUCGAGAGCCACAUGCUGUUGCUGGGGUGCGGAUUCGUUUAUGGUGUACGGAGGUUUUGGUUAGGUUGUGUCACUCAUGCUUUUCGUCAUUUGUUUUUGCUAUUAGUUUUGUUUUGGGGUGGACUGUAUCGUGUGUUUUCGAGGUAGCGGUUUGUUUAUUGAUUGUUUGGAAGUUCUUUUCGGAGUAAGUCUUUCUGCAGUUCGGAAUGAAGGAAGAACUGCCGAAACGGUUGGCAGUGACUUGUUCGUUGAUGUUAAUUAGAAUGUUUAGUGUUGACGCGUAUCUCGCCGUCUGGUAGCUUGCCUGGCUUGCUCGUUUUGGGGAUAUUUUGAGGGCGUAUUUGUUUCUUAGAUGCCAGCCAGAGUUAGCUUUUUAAACUUCCCGUGGGGAGCCAGAGAAAACUACUUGUGAACUUUCGGAAGAAGUAAUACGAAUAUUUUCCUCAUUUUGGACUAUUUUCAGAGGAUCAAAAGUUUUUCACAAUGACUUCUAGACGUAUCAAAAUCAGUUUUAAGUAGAUAACUCGAGUAGUUUUAUUCAACCAUUUUUUAUACAUAGAAUAAAAAGCAGUUUAGAUACGGUACAUGCCAAAGUAUGUUCAUAGCGCCUCAACCAUGGUUUUUGACAAUGUUGCAUAGUUCCAGGAGACUUUUGACUAUCUAUCUAAGCAAAAAAAUCAAUAGAUUACUAUUUGAAUUUGAGAAAAUCAAAGCUAAUUUUCCAAAGCUGCUCUGGAAAACCACCUUCGGAAAUUUUCCGAAAACCUAUUUUCCUUGUGGAAAGAUAGCUUCAGAUGUGUAGUUUCCAAAAAACCACAGGUCUCUGUCUUCAUUUCCCUCUCAGUUAUUUAAAAAAUGGCAACCUGCAUUAUAUUCUGGGAUGGAUAAUAAUUUUGAUGAUAGUCAUUGUAGCUGACUUUUUAAAUAUAAUGCACAGGUCUAAUUACAAUAAAAGCUAGCUCAUCUUAUACGCUCCGGACUUCUACCCAACUCCGAAACCUCUUUUAAUAGUUUCGUGACUCUGUUUGAAACUAACAAGGGUUUCGCACAUUUGUGCGGAACUAACGACGUUUCGCCAGUAUGAGGAAAAAAGAGAUUCCGGGCAGAUGUCGGAAACAGCGUUACGAACGUAAAACGAUUAUUCUGGGCUUACAGAAUUAAGUUGAGAAUAAUUCUUUUAAUGAUCGGAUAGCCGGGUUGAUUAGGCUACAAAUGGCUGAGAAAGAAAAAAAUUUUAUCGUUCGUUUUGAGAAAAUUUGUGAAAAAUCUGCCAACCAUCUGAUGGGCCUCUUUGUUAUAAGCUUUAUUUGAUAACUAUGAUGUAGUGUAUAAAAAAAGAAUGAAACAGAACACAACAAGAAGAAAGGCGAACUCAUAUCUUUUUGUUUUGUCGAUGUUACAUCGUAAAGAACGAAAGAAAAACGAAAAUACGGAAAAAAUGCACUUGAAAGCGAAGAAACGAAGGUGUAGGAGAGAGUGAUGGUAUGUCUCACAAAACAGAAAUGAGAUAAGCUGCGUACUUUUGAUAUAUUCUACGAUUAUUUUAUACAGCUGGGUAAUUGUAAAGUCAUCGAUAUUUUCUAGUCUUUCUGACAGUAAAAUGUGCUUAAGUGUGAAGGAUAACCCAGAUGCUAACUAACUAACAAGAGUAUCGCACAUCUGUGCGGAACUAACGACGUUUCAUACGCCAGUAUGAGGAAAAAAAGGCUCCGAGCAGACGUACGAAACCAUCCAAAAGUUAUUGGGAUUGUACUUAGGCGUAGAACCUUUUUUUAAUUUUGCAAGGAACCUUUUCUUUUUACCAAGUAGGUAGUCAGCAUAGAGGGAAGUAGUUAUGAAUCAGAUAAGAUCCUGUAAGAGGUGUUAGAAUUGGUACUAGUUUACAGGAUCCGAUUUGCUUCCUACACGGUUUGCAAUAUCCAACUUCUCCAUAGGAACUAGCAAAAUUUCUGAUCGGAAAAUGCUACUAUUCUCUAAAUAUGUCUUGUGUUUUAGUGAUAUUAAAAUCAUUAUGCUUUAUCCGAUAACCAUCAUCAUAAUCCAUUUGUCGACAGUUUCUUCGUCAAGCAAAAUAAUUGAAUCAAUAUAUCGCGGCUCAGCUA